CGGCUCCACGCGUCAUCUUCUUCCUCUCCAAUCCCUCUGUCUUCUUCACCAACGCAAAAAAAAGAAAAAGAAAAAGAUUAUUUUCCUUCUUGAAUCUUAACCAUCGGCGAUCAAUUGAGUUUUUAAUAUUAGUAAAUAAAAGUUGAAUCACAAUUUUAGUCUCCGGCUUCCCUUCUCCUUCUUCUUCUUCCUCUUCUGGUAAGAAUCCGUUUCUCUCCCUCUCUACAAGUUUCUUACUCUCUUUGCCUUAAGAAAAGAAAAAUAAAUAAGUAAAUCAAAAAGCAUGUUCUUUUUCUUCUACUUUUCAACUCAUUUCUUGUAGUCUCUACCUCUCACGUUUAUCGAUCUGUUAUUUCUUGGUGCCACCGUGUUUCUUUUUCUUCUGUACAGAUAAUUUCUAGAUUCGUCCUUUUUGGGGCUUUACUUUUCUUUUUCUUGAUCAUCUAUAUUGUAAAUUAGAUGAUCACUAAGAAAAUAAACAUGUCCGAUCUGUAACAUUUUGUGUAUAUCUUGUAAUUUGAACUCCCUUGGAAUUCAAAUUACCUGUAAAUCUUAAAAAUAAAUAAAGAUGUCGUCAGCUGGAGUUGCUCUCAGUCCAAUUCAAAACGGUGUUGUACUUCCUGUUGAUUAUUUCAGUGCACAACCUUCCUCCGAUGAGUAUAUUUUAAUAUAUCUCUCUGUCGGUCGGUCUGUGAUUCCUAUGCGUGUCUUAGGGUCCGAUUCUAUAGAAUCUGUCAAGUUACGCAUUCAGUCUUGUAAAGGGUUUGUUGUCAAGAACCAGAAAUUGGUGUGUGGGGGCAGGGAGUUGUCGCGGAGUAAUUCGCUUAUAAGGGAUUAUGGUGUUACCGAUGGGAAUGUUUUGCAUUUAGUUCUUAGACUUUCUGAUCUUCAGGUUAUAAAGGUUAAGACUACUAGCGGUAAAGAAUAUACAUUUUGUGUUGAGCGAGGGAGAGAUGUUGGAUAUGUUAAACAACAGGUUGCUAAGAAGGAGAGGGAGUUUGACAGCGAUCAUGAGGUUGUUUGUGAUGGUGAGGAGCUUGAUGAUCAGAGACUUAUUGAUGAUAUAUGUAAAUAUAAUAAUGAUGCUGUGAUUCAUUUUUUGGUGAGGAAGUCUGUUAAAGUUAGGACAAAACCUGUCGAUAAGAAUUUUGAAUUGUCUAUUGUGGCUCCACGGUUGAAUGAAGAGAAUGGUACAAGAAAUUGUGAUAUUGUUGGUGAAGAGAAUAAUGGGACAAAGUAUGAUGUUGAUAAACAGAUUCUUUUCAGAAAGCCUCCAGAUAGAGACUUUCUAAUAGAGCCAAUUAUUGUUAAUCCCAAAAUUGAGUUGCCUUAUGUGAUUAAGGACAUGGUAAAUGCUACCUUUGAUGGAUUAGAGUGCAGGAAUAAUCCAAUAAGAUCAAUGGAGGGUACAGGUGGAGCUUAUUUCAUGCAGGAUUAUUCUGGUCAGAAGUUCGUUUCAGUUUUUAAGCCAGUUGAUGAGGAACCUAUGGCUGUGAAUAACCCUCGAGGACUACCAUUGUCUACCGAUGGUGAAGGGUUGAAGAGGGGUACCAGAGUUGGAGAAGGAGCUUUCAGGGAAGUUGCAGCUUACAUUUUGGAUCAUCCAGAGAGCGGACGCUGGUCUUUGUUUGGGGAUGAGAAGGGCUUUGCUGGAGUACCACCGACGGUUAUGGUCAAGUGCUUCCAUAAAGGGUUUAACCAUGUAGAUGACAUAAAAGUCAAGGUUGGGUCCUUGCAGAUGUUCAUGGAGAACAAUGGAAGUUGUGAAGAUAUGGGUCCUGGGGCUUUCCCAGUGAAGGAAGUACAUAAAAUUGCUGUCUUAGAUAUAAGAAUGGCAAAUGCAGAUAGGCAUGCUGGGAAUAUCUUGUUGAGCAGAGAUGCAGAAAAUGGGCAGACUCUGCUGAUUCCAAUUGAUCAUGGAUACUGCUUGCCUGAUAGUUUUGAGGAUUGCACAUUUGAUUGGCUCUAUUGGCCUCAAGCACACCAGCCAUUUGACUCUAGCACUGUUGAUUAUAUAAAAUCUUUGGAUGCUGAGGAGGAUAUUGCUCUUCUAAAGUUUCAUGGAUGGGACAUGCCAGUUGAAUGUGCUCGUACACUACGCAUCUCCACUAUGCUUUUGAAGAAGGGGGUGGAGAGGAGGCUCACUCCCUUUGCUAUUGGAAGCAUAAUGUGCAGAGAGACCUUGAAGAAGGCAUCUCUUAUUGAGGAGAUUGUCCAAGAAGCCCAGGAUUGUGUACUUCCUGGCACAAGUGAAGUUGCAUUCCUUGAAACUGUAUCACACAUCAUGGAUCGUCGCCUUGAUGAGAUUGCUGGAUCUCUACCUUGAUGGGAGUAUUAAAUUUUGUGGAUAACAUGGGUAUAUAUCUGUGUAUGUGUAUAUAUGUUACCCUACAUAUGCAUGUAUGGCAGGGAUCAUCAAGUGUCCAUAUGGCUCGUGGAGAUGAAUUACCCUUGUUCGUGAUUCUGAUUUCAUGUUCACAUCUCUGAUUUCAUAUUCUUUCAUGGCUGGUAGAACAUUAUCUUUUUUUCCUAUAUUGAACUGAAGUUAUGAACCUGAUUCUUUCAUGAAUAUAAAGUACUUUUUUGGAUUUAAUGAGUUAA